AUCAAAGCGAUCCGUCUCGUAACGGCGGGCGCUGCACGCACGCGUCUCCCGUCCGGUGCGCCGUUCACUGGGCCCCCUCUUGGCAGUAAACGAACCCACCCCACCCCACGUGUGCGCUUUGGCCGCUUCGUCUCGCCUCUAAGUCGGUCCCGUCCAUUCUGCUACCGACUUCGUCACGUAUCCCUCCCUCCCUGGACUGCGAGCGCCUACAAUGCCAACCUGUGAGUCCGUUUUUGCUAAUAGACUACGCAUCUGAUGGGGAAUUGCUUGAGUUGCCAACGAUGCUGUCCCGGCAGCGUGGAAGUGCUCGCCGAGGUGUUAACCUCUGGGGACCGGGGCGGCGAGCGCAUUCGCAAGGCGCGCACUGUCCGUGGCGGGGCGCAGCGGCGCAGCGGCAGGGACGCGAGACGAUCGAGCGGGCUGGACGUGGCAGGCCGAGCAGAGGGGAGCGCCUGGCAGGAUGUCUUCAUGCUCCUCCGCCAGCGGAACUCUCUCGUAACGCCGCAAGGGGCAGCGGCAGCAGCAGCAGCGGCGGCGGCGGGGGUCUCACCCCAGGCCAACACCAUGGCAGCAUCUACUCCGGGCUGUGAGCGUUGGGUCGCUCGGCCAUCCCUCACCAAAUCCCGCACGCUUCCCAGCAUCCCCCAGUCGCCGCCCAGCCCGCGUGCGUCGCGCGUCUCCGGGUGCAAUGGCACGGCGGAAAAACGGCGCCGCAGGCUGCCAUCCACUCCGGCCAGCGCUCGCCUCUGUCCGACGACCCCUCCAGGUGACGAGGACGAGGACGACGACGGCUUCCAGUUUCCGCUCUCGCCCAAAGUGGAGAGGCUCGCCCUGGCCAGGAGCCACCAGCCUCUCCCGCAGAUCUGCCUCCCCGAUGACUGCCCCUUCGAGAGGUCGCAGCAGCAGCAGCAGCAGCAGCUGCGGCGGUCACGUACCCUGGGCCCAGGCCACUUCCGCAAGAGCCACUCGGUGGACGAGAGCCUGGGCCAAGCGCAGGACUCGACCGGACACCUUCCGUCACGGGGCCACACCAGCAGGGCCGACGGCUGCCGCGCCGGACUCAAGCGCAAAGCCAGCCUUGGUUCAGUGGAUCGCCGUGAUAGUCAGCUAAAGAGGUUUGAGGGGGGCCUGGCGAGAUUGACCCAGCGGCUGAACCACAAGGAGCGGCGGCAGAGCCAGGGAAAUGUGCUGAGUGACCGCCUCGCGUUGCCGGAGGUUAAUCGCCAGAGAUCUGUCAGCUUUGACUGGUCCUGCACAGGAAAGAUGGCGCAGCCGCUGCGUGACGUCCCCUUGCCGAACGCCUCCCGCCGGACGGCUGCGGGCGGCAUGGGGGCCCCAGGAAACCCCUCGUCGCCCAGCGCCGCCAAACGCCUCUACCGAAACCUCUCGGGGAAGUUCCGCAGCAGCAGCUCGUCCUUCGAGGAGGCCUGCGGCAGCAGCGGAGGCGGCGGCAGUGGCGGAGGGCGCGCGGACAGAGACCGCCAGCGCAAGCCGUCCACUGGCUUGACGUGCGUCGAGGCGAUGUUUGAGGCGGUGGAGCAUCAGGACAUGGACACAGUGCAGGGCCUGCUGUCCCGCCAUUCGGCUGAGGAGCUUGACCUCAGCUCGCCCAACAGCGACGGCCUCACGCCUCUCGACGUCGCGGUCAUGACCAACAACGUGCCCAUCGCCCGCAUGCUGCUGACGGCCGGAGCUCACGAGAGCCCCGAGUUUGCGAGCACGGGCAAGCGGCUGGCGCACCUGGCAGGGCUGGUGGAGGACGCCGAGCGGCGAGCGGAUGAGCUGAUGGCCGCGCUGGCCAGCGAGCCGGCCUCGGCCGAGGCCACCGAGUGGCAGAAGCAACUCCGAGCCUGGGAGUGGAGGCAGCGGCUUUUCCGGCGAAUGGUGUCCGGCAUUCAGCAUGCAUCAGUCCCCGAGGCGCCAGCCCAGGUGUGUCUGUCAGUCACGGGGGCCGACAGCCUCGCCGUCACUUUCCAGGAGCCGCACAGCGUCAACUCGGCGGUCGUCACGCGUUACCGCGUGGAAUGGAGUCUCAUGGAGGAAUUUGAACAGCUUGCAGGAGAAGCUGUACUGGAAGAUUGCCACUCUUUAUGCUACCAAAUCACAGGGCUGACCUCGGGCUGUGAAUAUUACGUGCGCGUGAUGGCUUACAACAUGAAAGGAUGGGGUCCCACACAGACUUCACUUCCUGUCUUUGCGAUCCCAUCGGACUGGCGGCAGUGCGAUGGGCGGGAGGUCCGGGACACCGGACAUCGGACGGAGGCUCUGGAACACCUCUUGAAGCUGGUCAAGAAUGCCCGGCAGCAGUGGGAUUUUGGAGAAAACUCCAAGAUUCAGGGUCCAAGCCGUAAACACUCCGUAUCCAAGAGCCUCAAGUAUCUCUUCCAGUCAACCAGCAAGUUUGUCAAGAGUCUGAAAAGGGGGCUUUACCUCGCCACGGUGUUCUACCAGGGGGAGACCGUCCUCGUCACACACGAAGAUCAGAUCCCGGUGGUGGAAAUCGACGACUCCUACCCCAGCCCGCUCAACCAAGACUUCCUGUGGUUCACCAAACUGUCCUGCAUGUGGGAGGAGGUGCGGGGUCUGCGGCACGGCGCCAACACCCUCUACUCGGCGUCCUCCGCCCUGCAGUCUCGCCAGAGGAUACUCCUGGCGAUCUCGCAGAUGCAGCACCUGAUAGGAACACAGGACCUGGGGCAGCCGUACCACGAGCUGGUGAAGGACAAGCAUGGCAACGCGCUGCUGGUGACCCUCCGGGAGGUCGAGGUCCCUCAGGGACUGCCGGGCGGGCGUUGGCAGCACGUGAGCCGGCUCCAGAGCCAGCGCAAGUCUCUCUCCACUCCCGAGGAGCCCUCGGCCCUCGACAUCCUGCUCAUCACCCUCCAGGACAAGCUGUCCUACCACCGGGCGAGCCGACAGACCCUGCCCCCCGGUCUGUAUCUGGGAUACCUGAAGCUGUGCAGCUCCGUGGACCAGAUCAAGGUGCUGGUGCCACAGCGGAUCCCCAACAGCCUGGUGCACCUGAAGGUUCGCGACAAUCCCCACGUCUCUCGUGAGGAGUGGGAAGGUUUGAGCCGGAUUUCGGGACCCGUGGACACCGCAGGUGGCCCUGGGCUCGGGGGCCCAGGCUCCAGCCAAGACGUGUUCCUCAAGCAGCUGAGCUGUGCGCUGUCGGCCCUCCUGAAACAGCUGCACAUAUCUCCACAUCAGGCAAAGGAGUUCCGCAUCUAUAACCAGGAGGUGCUGGAGUUUGGAGACCGGGUGUCGUUCAUGCUCCUCCUGCCUCCCUCGGAUGACGUUUGUGUUGCCCCGGGACAGAGCAACGCAUACCCAACGCUCUCAGGCCUCAUCGCUCUGCCCCUGCAGAUCUUUGAGAUCGGUAGGGUCGCGUCCAUCGAACCGAAUCGUCGCCCGCACACAGGCAGGACCAUCCACGCAAUGCCAAUCUGAUUGUAACAGUCUGACCUGGUGGUGCUGUGCUUACACCUCUUUUUUUCCACUGCACAACCUGGCCAUGCCAGGGCCAGCCCGGCACGUCUCUGCAAGCUCCAGGUUGUUGUUUUUUUUUCCAUUGGAGAAGCCGAUCUGUGCCGCUGACGUCACACACAAUAAACUUUUGACAUCAGCGCCACACGCUCAAGCGUGCUGACUUUCGCAACAUACGACGAGCAUUAUUAACUCCACCCCUGGCCCUGCAUGGCCCCAAGCCAGAUUCGGUUGUUUUGUGAGGCCCGAGUUUUACGGUUUGAUUCUGGCUCAGCUUGGCAAUCAGAAAGUUGCAUCUUCAAUUCCUAGGCAGGGUCGAUAUCAUGAGUAACCACAACGUGGGAGGUAAAUAGUGCGUGUCCUUUUCAUCGACUCACGCCUGCCACAAUAACGUGGAAUUUUCCAUCACCAGCUCCCUAGGACCAAUGGUGAUGAAGCCGAACUCCGCAGUCGAUUAAGAGAGACAGUUUCACUUUUGAGUUGAAACACCGCAUCUGCUCACGUGGCCGAAUCCGAGAUUCAUCACGCGUGUCAACUCAAGGGCCCGUAGGUGUGUUGAACCGUGUCUCGUUAUUUUUGUCUCAUUUUAUGUUGCAUUUGUUUGCAUCUCUGAGCACCGGGUGUUUCACUCACCUUAAAAACCUGCAGAGCGAGGAAAGGAGCCGUGACUGCCAAAUCUACGUGUGCGUGUGUAUUUAUGCAUUAACUUAAUACCAAGUUUAAGAGGGGGGUUGGGGGGGGGAGUUGAACUUGUAUUUUGAAGCACAGUUUUGCUCUGCGUGUAACCUAGACACUGGUUCAGCGCGAGCAACCUCCAGCCACUCGCGGGUGCUGCAUCAUCCUCCUCCGUCGGUGGCGUGACGGCAGACGGGCACUCGGUGUGCCGAGCCAAACGUUGACCUCAGCGUUGGAUAAUUCCGUUUGUGGAUUGCAAUUCAUUGUUUCCGACCGAAAACGUGCAAGCGGUCGAUCCAGCUACUGUAAGCUAUCGACGGCCCCAUCAAUAAAGGCUUCACUUUGUUUAAUAACAUUUUUUUUUCAUUAAAUGACGCACAUAUUGUUUAAUGACGUGAUUAAUUCAUUUGCCAUUCUUCAUAGCGUGUGCACUUUUUUUUGAGAACGUCACUGUCACCGAGGAGUGAGAUUGUGGCAGUAGGAUUGGGUGGCUUAUAAAUAUACAUUUUAAUGGUGACAGAUCACAUAGCAGAGCAAUUAUUGAUUCUUUCAUUCAUUAUUCUUCGGUCAAAAUUACCGAAGGCUGCAUGGCAACAAUUACCUGCAUGGCCUCACUCUCUCCUUACCCUACAUGCCAGGGCUGUGAUGUUAACACAGUCUUAAUAAUGUUACGCACACCUUUGCUGGCUAACACCAUACCCUGUGCUGUGUAAACCAGACCACAGUAACACCUUUAUGCGAGGCAUCUCAGCUAUUUCAAACCACUGCACUUUUCGUUUUUAUUUUUGGCAAAGUCUAAACACACAAAAUAAUAAAACGUGGUAUUGGUUACAUUUUCACGAGCGUACAGUCUGCACGUAUAUAUUUUUACGUGGCAAUGUAAAUAAAUAAUUGUAUACCUACAAUUACAGUUCAACUAUGCAAUUGGCAGUUGCAUUAAUUCUACUCUAGCCCUUCCUGGCAUCGCUUGAAGGAAAUGAAAAGUUACUGCAGAAACGAACACUUCAUUCGUUAACGUUAAUUGUUGUGGUGGAUAACCUUUGCAUACAUUCAGUGUUAGCAUCCAAGAGCAAAGCAAACCACCGUCGAUUUACAGCACGGACAUUUUCAUUGUCAUUUUUUUUGCCACACUAUUUCAACAUUUUACAUAAUUUAUUAUGAAUAAUCAUUUAUUUUAAAAUUGCAAGGUGUGUGCUCGCCAAUGUAUAUUCCGUUAUUUAAGGAUUAUAAUUAGACGAGACACACACACACAAGCAUGGUAGUAUGAAUAUAUACCGUCAGUCUCAUCCUUCUAAACCUCCACAUGUCCACCAUGGCAUUGGACACAUGCAUCACAUCAACAUUGGAGAGGCGUUUGAUUGUUUCGAAUGCUUCUGUCACGUGUGAUUUACGUUAAUCAUGAUUUAUAGGAUAUACUUCAUCCUUCAAAUAGUCAUUUCAUUCAGUAAUGCAGUUAAAACUGUGGUAUAAGCAUCAUGUUUUUGAAGCAUAUAUUAUGCAAAUAAACUCACACAUAACGGUAAAGGUGCAGGUCUGCACUUGAUUGCUCCCGCUACUGUAUGUGUGAAGGACUUUCACUCGAGGCAGCUCGAGAGAGCCACUGUUGAGAGUUUUUGGCCUACUCUUCCACGCUGGCCAGAUGUCUUGGAAGGGGUGGGGAGCACCCACACUUUACCCCGCCACACGCUACCUGCAAAAUCGGCUAACCCGCGGUGAAACGAUUUACGCUGCUGGGUGGACAGAUGCAAGGAGGUUAAAAAAGCAGAGUUUUCAACGGCCGCACUCGGAAGCUUCAACAACGCACACAAACACACACUCCAUAAACAAACAGCUUUCUAGCAGCAUGCAAAACCACCAUUUCCAGAAGAAAUGCGUUGCGGAUUCUCCUCGUGUAAAGAUUCGAAUUGCUUCGCCGGUUUUCGGCGAACGAUUGUGCCACCAACGACAAAGAUUCCCCCAUGUUGGGGCAAGUGGCCGACCGUCUUUGUCUCCCCAGUGACAAUGUUUGCACAUCGGACCAGGUAAUCAUUUGAGGCUGAGUCGACCU